GGGGUUCCAUCUGUAAGUGUUCCAAAAAAAAAAGAAAAAAAUAAUUAUCCAAAAACCAACCAGAAAAUUCCACGGUUUUUGUCUUUAUUCCACUUCUUGUUCUUACUUUUCUUCCCUCAAAUUCUCGUAUUAAAAACCCCAUCCAAUAAAUAAUCACUUCUUUUCUUUGUAUAUAUGCCAAUCAUUGCUUCAUCACUCUCUGCUUUGAUCUGGUGUUAGAUUGGAUCACUUCUAUUAGUUGCCCACCAAAAAUAACAUUCUUUUUUGAGAUGGAAGAUGAUGAAAAGGCGCCUGAGAACCAUUUGACAUCGGCUGCAGCUUUUGUGGAAGGUGGAAUUCAGGAGGCAUGUGACGAUGCUUGCAGCAUAUGCCUUGAAGAGUUUUCUGAUAGUGAUCCUUCAACAGUCACUACUUGCAAGCAUGGGUUUCAUCUCCAGUGCAUUCUUGAAUGGUGCCAGAGAAGCUCCCACUGCCCCAUGUGUUGGCAAACCAUCAGCCUGAAGGAUCCUAGCAGCCAAGAAUUGCUUGAUGCUGUGGAACAUGAGAGGAACCUGAGGAUGAAUCCACCUAGAAACACCACUAUAUUUCAUCAUCCAGCCUUGGGAGAUAUCGAAUUGCAGCAUUUACCAGUUAGUGGAAAUGAUUCUGAACUUGAAGAACGUAUUAUUCAACACUUAGCUGCUGCUGCUGCUAUGGGAAGGGCUCGUCAGCUUGGUAGGAGGGAAGGUCAUAGGAGUAGGUCAUCUACUCAAGGCCGUCCCCAUUUUCUGGUGUUUUCAACUAAUCCAAAUUCUUCUUCUGCUUCUUCCUCCCCUGCUCAUAGAGGUGGAGUCGGAACUCCUCCUGCAGUCAUGAUAGCUGGCCCAAAUUCUCCAUUUAUUACUGUAGAAGAAGAUUCUCCACAAAUUACUACACAACCAUCUUCUGUUCAAGCCGAUUCUGUUACAACCCCAGCCUCAAGAUCAAGCGCUGUUGCAAUACAACCUGGAAUUUCCUCUAGCAAUCAAAGGUUUCCUGCUCAGACUUCCCCUGGCAGCCAAGAUAUAGCUGGACCAUCAGAUUUGCAGUCAUUCUCAGAGUCUCUCAAAUCACGCCUAGGUGCAUUGUCAACAAGAUACAAAGAAUCAAUAACCAAGAGCACAAGAGGUUGGAAGGAGAGACUGUUUGCUCGCAAUAGUUCAGUGCCUGACCCUGCCACUGAAGUUCAUAGAGAUGUUGAUCCAGUUAUUGCACCUGUAACCCGCACGAUUGAUCAUCUUGAAAUAACUGAAGAUAGUAGAACCAACGUAGCGUCUGUAUCAAAUAAUACAGAAGAUAGCUCAACUUCAGUUCGAGCUGAACAAGACACUGUAGAGAUGGAUGGCAACUCUGCUUUGAUCGAUGGCAACCCGCAAGCUCCACGUGCUUCUAGUACUGCGGCAAACUAAGUUUGUAUUCUUUAGUUGCAUCAACUCAUUGGUUUCUUUUCACAGUGAACUCCUUUAUUCGAGAUUUUCUCUGCUGUAAUGAUGCCUCCGGCAUAUGGUAAUCCUAACUAAAUCAAUGUGUAAGAGUGCAGUCAGCCUCUGUGGUCUUCUCUGGUCCAAUAAACGAACCGUGCUCUUGAUUUUUGUGAAUUGGUCUAUGGUUUCAAGAUAAUGAGUUCUGAAUGUAUUUCAUGUUUAUUCGUUUCUUGGAUUAUUAAUGAAGUUAUUCGGACAAAUUAUUUGCUUUCAAUUUUCCUUCUUGUGUUCCCAUUA